AUGGCCGUCUUCCUGGUCAACGUUUUACUGCAGAUCAGCAAUGUUCUUACUUUUGGGGAUAUUUGCCGAAUUCUUUGGUGCGGAAAUAGUGGUUCUACUAUUUCUACUGCUCACCCCGCACUUGAAGGCAGUUGGUGUGGAAAUGAAAAAUGGUGUCAUGCUGGUCAUUGUGGAGAGUGGCAUUCAGAAAUGGGAGCCUAUCCUGUUGUAACUGAUGGAAAUUGGUCAGAAUGGACAUCUUCCGAAAAACAGUGCCCUAUUACUCAAUGUCAAAUUACUGGAAGUAUUGCAAUAAUUAGUCAAAUGAGAACUUGUACAGCACCGGCUCCAAACAAUGGAGGAAAGCCUUGUACAGGCUCUAAUGUGAGAGGGAUUGUUUGUGGAGGAAUUGCCAAAUCGACAAUUUGUGAAGGCUUUACUAGACAGGAAUAUGGGGACAGACUUUGUACAGCUAUAGCACAUGACCAAAUAAGAGCUGACAGACAACUUAGCGGAACUAGCUUUUUGCAUGCAACACAGCCAUGCAAAAUUUGGUGUCAUGUUAGGGAUUCUGAAUUGAUACGAAAUAAAGGCCAAUUCCCAAAUGGCUCUCCCUGCGGUCCUGGCCAGCACUGUGUUGGGGGUGUUUGCCUUCAAUUAAAUUGUGAUGGCCAUGGACUUGUUCAAGGCGCCGAAGAUUGUCCUGAUGAAGAAUCACUUCUUAGAUUAUCAUCGAAUGAACACAAAACGGUUGAACGCAAAAGGGAAUCAGUUAAAUGGGAACAAUGGGGGCAAUGGUCUAUUUGCUCUUUGACAUGUAGAAUUUCUGAGAAUAAUAAUGGUGUGCAAGAACGGAGUAGAAAAUGUCGUUCCCCAACACAAACGGAAUGUAUAGGAAAAUCACUCGAAGUUCGUUCAUGCAACCCAUCUCCCCCCAUUUGUAAACCUCAGCCAUCUUACUCCGAUUGGUCAGGUGAAUGGUCAAACUGCUCGGUUGCAGAAUGUGGACAAAACGGCAUUCGAAGGAGAACACGCGAGUGUCAAUCUGGCCAUUGCAUAGAGCCUUUAAAUGAAGAAGAGAAGUGUAAACAAAAAGAAUGUGCUCAUUGGGAAGAGUGGGGACUAUGGGGAGAUUGUAAAGUUGAAAAAUGUGGAGAACAAGGACAAAGAAUGAGGCAAAGAAAUUGUUCGGUCGAAGGAAAUUCCUCAAUGGGAUGUGCUGGCGAAUCUUUUCAGAACGAAACUUGUAUUAGCGACAUAAACAGCCUUACAAGUUUAGACUGUCCAAUUAAAGGAGGAGAAGCUUCUGUUGAUGGACAAUGGGGGAAAUGGCAUCCAUGUUCUGUUAGUUGUGGAAUUGGUUUUCAAUUUAGAGAACGUUUAUGUGGGGACAAACCUUGUCCUGGAGGGGGAAAACAAGCUAGAACAUGUCAUGCACAGUGGACAAAUUGGUCUUCUUGGACUUUUUGUUCAACUUGUAGUGUUUUUGAAACACGGAAAAGGCAUAGAAAGUGUGUUGUUCAAGUAGCAAAGACUGAAGAAAAUGAGGAUUGGGGUGAAAGGGAAUUAGGGAAUGAAGCUUGUAAUGGUGCCCCAAUCGAAUUUGAUACUUGUGAACGUUCCUGUAUUCGUGAAGGAGGGUUGAUUAAUGGGACACUAGAUGAUGAUCAAAAAGUUGAAAGAAGAUUCUCUCAAACAACCUCUCCUCUUGAAAAUCGUCAUUGGACUGACUGGGGUGAAUGGAGUGCCUGUUCUGUCAGUUGCGGAUAUAAUGGACGUCAAAGUAGAACACGCAAAUGUAAAUAUAAUUUAGUAUUCCUCUGUGACGAGGAUGUUUCACGUGAAGAAAGAGAUUGUGAACCUAAACCUCCUGAAUGUACUAAAGAGGAAGAUUUAGUCCUUCAAAAAAGACAAAUUCUCUAUCCAAUUUGGUCAGACUGGAGUGAUUGGUCUGCUUGUUCUUGCUUCUCUUUAACAAGUUACAGACGGCGUUUCUGUAGAAUACAUGACCCACAACUUAAGGGUUUCUGUCCCGGUUCAAUAAUAGAGCAACGCCCAUGUACACUUUCAAAUAACGAUGACCCUAUGCAGUGUGCUGCUAUAGUUGGAGGAUGGUCUUCUUGGUCAGAAUGGUCUCAAUGCUCGCAAGAUUGUGGCCAAAAAGGUCAUCGUGUUAGGAACAGAAUGUGUGCCAAUCCCUUACCUUCAAACCGAGGAGCUUAUUGUGUUGGCUUUUCUUUUGACCAAACUCCUUGUGAUCCUCCCAAAGCAAAAUGUCAGGGUCCCCAAAUUGAUGGAAAUUGGAGUGCUUGGAGUAAAUGGUCACAAUGUUCUAAUCCUUGCAUUAAUGGACAACGUUCUAGAGCUAGGUAA